AAGAUAAAGCCGAGUGGCGAUUAGUCAUCAAGCACUGCAUUCAUUCUAACACGAUAGGGGGAAGGAAGGCGCAAGGCGCAAGGCGGGCAAGCGGUGCGGUGAUGGUGGGAACCGAAUCGACAAGAAUAAGUUCUCAUUGGUAAAGACAACACAAAAUAAAAAAAGAUAAGCGCAAAGAAAAAAAGAGGAUUUUGUUAAGGAAAUUAAUAUGGUUUCGGAAAUGUCACUCCUUUGGGGGGAGAUGGCAUCUCUAUUCAGCAAAACUUCACUACUUCGUCCCUUAAAAAUGUAGAUUAGAAAACAAAACGAAACAAUAGUUGGAUGAACGUUUGGGGGUUUAUAUCUAUACCUGGAGGCUGUUUAAUCUCGCGCACUUCCGUAGGUAUACUUAACUGUACCGCACGCACGAGUGCGGGCGGCUUGCCUAUUGCUCCUGUCCACGGCGCCUUACGGGCCGAGCGAGUAGGCAACCCUCCCGCACGCUGGAAUGCGGUACAGCAUGACUACAGAAGUGCGCAGGGUUAUUCGGCCACAUGGGAUCUGUAUCUCUUCCAGUUUGACAUGAUAUUGGCAGUGUUCGCUGCGCGAGUUCGGAGGUCGGACGCUAGGCUGCGCCACGCGACUGCGGAGGCGCACUGGUGACCGGACGCCGCCAGCAGACUGAUUCCGAAGAACGCUCAAGGGGAGCGACUCCAUGAGUGCGACAAGGACGGAGCUAUACGGAACGUAUAAGAGAGCGCUCUUCGGAAUCAGUCGGUAGGGCCAGGUUAGGGCCAGGGGCAGACCAGACAUGUCGGUGUUCGUACUGUGAUCACAUGUAAAUUCUCUUGGGAUUCGAAUGACGAGAAUAUAACAUCAGCAAUACAGUGCACUGUAGACGGCUUCUAAGUACAACGGCACCAGGGCACGGAAAGUAGAUAGUACGCUGUGCUUAGUAAACAGGUCCCAUAGGGACAGUCUGCGUACGAGCGAGCACCAAGCACCUGCCCUCUCUCCUCUCACCUUUAGUUCCAUAUGGCAAGUCGGGAGUAUCGGGAGAGACGUAUGGCUAAUAAAAGGAGCCGCAAGCCGAGCGGCAAGCAGGUCCGGACGCAACCACCUCGCUCCUGCAAACGGACCCAACACCGGACUCUCAGCACCACUCCCUCCGAACAGGAGCAGCGCCCGACCCUGGACCAGCUGCCCGAAAACGUGCUGCUGCGGGUGAUGCAGCACCUGGACGUGGACACCCUCCUCAGCUGCCGCCUCGUGUGCCGGAGGCUGGGCGUGCUGUCGCUGCAUCCGGGCGCGUGGCGGCGCCGGACCCUGAGCACGAUCGACGUGGAGGGCGAAAACACGCUGACCUGCGCGGUGCUGCGGCUGGCGCCGUGCCUGCAGCACGUCACCGUCGUCCUCCCGCUGGGUCAAAGUGCCUGCCGCCACCUGCACACGUCCACAUGCGCCGUCGCAGGUCUGGAGGUGAAGGACGUGGCUUGGACAUCCCACGCAGCUGCCCUCGCGACUCGGCUGAUCCAGCGCCAGGCGACCAUCGGCCGACUGAAGAGGGUGGGUGUCAGGUUCCGUGAAUCCACCGUGAGUGAAGCUGACGCCCCCGUCCUACUCGGGGCUUUGAUGUCGACACCUGGGCUGGAGGAGCUUGCACUGAACGUCAGGUUGAGCCAGCCCUUCGAGCUCAGCAGCAGCAUGUGCGGCGAGUUUUGGCUCGAGCGGGGCAGCUCUCUUAGGAGACUUUACAUGGCGGUGAAGGGGGCCGAACCUUUUGCCCAGUUUCUUUUACGGAUGCACGCCGCCACCCUGGAGGAGGUCCACUUCCUCGGGUUGUACUCGCUCCACGUCCGAAUGUCCAUCUCGACGCUGCAGCUAGUUGCCGGGCUCCCGCGUCUGCGCGAGCUGACCCUCCACCAUGACCAGCCCGGGCUGGGGUUCCUGGCCAAGUGCGUGUCGCUGCGGACCCUAAACAUUGUGGUUGUGGAGGGGGAGCAGUACAGCGCGGGUGCGGCGGAGCGGCUGCGCCAAACCCGCCAGCGGCUGGACGUGAAGAUCCGACGCAUGGGCGCAGAUGUCGCAUUAUAAUGACGAAGACGACCACUAGGUGACCCUCGACGUCCUCUGCACAAGAACAUUGCAGUAACGAUUAAUGUGGGCCAUUUAAUUACUCUUCUGCAGCUCUGUCACUUUCCGGAUUAGAACUAUAUUUACAUAUUUACAUUAUGUUCUUUGUAAUUGUGACUGUCAAAAAAUAUAAUAAAAAUUGAUGCUUUCUUCAACAUCAUUGA